GGCUCCCUUUUCAUUCAUUCUUCAUCUUUGUUGAAAUCUCCGAUAAACCGAUCUGCGAUCAUGGAGAUGGAGCGCGUGGUUGAGUUUCCUCACACUCACAUGGACCGUCGUCCCCGAAAGCGAGCGCGUCUGGGCUGGGACGUUCCUCAGGCCCCUAAGGCUCAGGUGGGAAUGUUUUGUGGACAAGAGGUUGGGAAUAUGACAGGGUAUACUGCUUUGAUGGCACCCUCACUCUACACUCCUAGUUCCUUUUGUGAUAAGGAAGUAACUCGAAAUGGUUCACCCCCAUGGAGAGAAGAUGACAAGGAUGGGCAUUACAUGUUUUCUGUUGGAGAAAAUUUAACAGCUCGCUAUAAAAUCCAAAGCAAAAUGGGUGAAGGUACCUUUGGUCAGGUUUUAGAGUGCUGGGACAGAGAAAAAAAGGAAAUGGUUGCCAUAAAGAUUGUCCGUGGGAUCAAGAAAUAUCGUGAAGCAGCCAUGAUUGAAAUUGAAAUGCUGCAACAACUUGGUAAACACGAUAAAGGUGGUAGCCGUUGUGUGCAAUUACGGAACUGGUUUGACUAUCGUAACCAUAUCUGUAUUGUGUUUGAGAAGCUUGGACCAAGCUUAUAUGAUUUUCUCAAGAAAAACAAUUACCGCUCAUUUCCCAUUGAUCUCGUCCGUGAGAUUGGCAGACAACUGUUGGAAUGUGUAGCAUUCAUGCAUGAUCUCUCUCUAAUUCAUACUGAUUUGAAGCCAGAGAAUGUACUUCUUGUUUCCUCGGAUUACAUUAGAGUCCCUGAUUAUAAUAAGAGCUCAUCUCGAUCACCCAAAGAUAGCUCUUACUACAAAAGAGUACCAAAAUCAAGUGCCAUUAAGGUGAUUGAUUUUGGUAGCACAACUUAUGAGCGUCAAGAUCAGAACUAUAUUGUAUCAACACGUCAUUACCGAGCGCCUGAGGUUAUUCUUGGAAUGGGUUGGAGCUACCCUUGUGAUGUAUGGAGCAUUGGUUGUAUCUUAGUGGAGUUAUGCACGGGUGAGGCUUUGUUUCAGACUCAUGAGAACCUGGAACACCUUGCCAUGAUGGAGCGGGUGCUUGGUCCCCUACCCCAGCAUAUGUUGAAGAGAGCAGACCGACAUGCUGAGAAGUAUGUGAGGAGAGGUAGAUUGGAUUGGCCAGAAGGUGCUGCCUCGAGAGACAGUAUCAAGGCUGUGCAGAAGCUUGCUCGUCUUCAGAAUAUUAUAAUGCAGCACGUAGACCAUUCAGCUGGUGACCUUAUCCACCUCUUGCAAGGGCUACUGAAGUAUGAUCCUUCGGAUAGACUUACAGCUCGUCAGGCCCUUAGGCAUUCAUUUUUCACACGGGACAACCUAAGGAGAUUAUAAUAGUGUUUACUUACCUACCGAGGAGAUUGUAAUAGUGUUUACUUACCUACCAAGUGAGAUGAUUUGUUGUUAGCAGAGGUGUAGAAGUGUUUCCCAUAUGUAGAUAACUGAAUGUAGAUUGACUGGUUGACCCGCUAUCAUGGUUGCUAUCAUGUCGAUGAUGUUGAAUACUAGAAGUCUGCUGACCUGAUUCUGUGUUGUACAGUACUGAUUUUGUGAAAUAAGAAAUAAUUGGUUGUUUUACCGUUA